AUGCAAUCCUUUGCCGGCAGCCAUAGCUUGUUUAUUCAUCUAGUACUCCUAGCAUGUUCUGAGCAACUCAUAUUUGAUGGCUCCAAAAGGUUAAAUUAUAAGAACAUUAUGGGCCUCUCAGCAUUUGCUCUGUGCCUUUCUGUCUGCAUUUUCAUUGUGUCAUGGGGCGUCUCUUCUUGGGAACUAAGCCCCGAGAUCAAGGCUCAACAAGAGGCCGACCGAGUCAUAUCGCUUCCUGGCCAGCCUCCGGUGAACUUCCGACAGUACUCGGGAUACGUAACGAUCGACGAGAGCUAUGGAAAGGCUCUUUUCUAUUGGUUUUUUGAAGCGACGCACAAACCAGCCGACAAACCUCUUCUAUUGUGGCUAAAUGGAGGUCCAGGGUGUUCUUCAAUAGGGUUUGGGGAGGCCCAGGAACUUGGCCCAUUUCUAGUUAAAGAAGGGCCAUCCAUAAAGUUCAAUCGUUACACUUGGAAUAGAGCUGCAAAUCUCUUGUUCUUGGAAGCACCAGUUGGCGUGGGCUUCUCGUAUACAAAUACAACUCUGGAUAAUCUCGGAGACAACAUCACAGCAUGGGAUUCCCACACAUUUCUCCUAAAUUGGUUAAAGAGGUUUCCACAGUACAAAUAUAGUGAAUUUUACAUAUCAGGAGAAAGCUACGGAGGCCAUUACGUACCCCAACUCGCUGAGGUUAUCUACGACGAGAACAAAAAAGCAUUAACAUACGACACCUACAUAAAUCUCAAGGGUUUCAUUAUAGGAAAUGCGCUGCUAGACUACAACACGGAUCAAAAUGGGAUGAUUGACUAUGCAUGGGACCAUGCAGUGUUAUCUGAUGGAGCUUACAAAGCAAUUAAAUCAAAAUGCAAUUUCGCAAUUCUAAACUUUACUGCAGAGUGCAUUGAGGCCUUGUCCGAGUACUACAACUUGUUUUCUUUGAUCGAUGUCUACAGUUUGUACACUCCAACGUGUCCCCUCCCUGCUCCUUUUGCUGCUGCACAAACGCUUAAAAUCGAAUCAGAACCGAAAUUCACUUCUGGAUUCGACAUUUUGCGUAGAAUACCGGCAGGUUACGAUCCAUGUAUAGUGAAUUAUGCAACAACGUACUUCAAUCGUCCAGACGUUCAAGAAGCCUUGCAUGCCAAUGUUACCAAAAUACCCUAUCCCUGGAUCCUUUGCAGCACUGACGUAAGCAAAGUAUGGAAGGAUACGACAUUUUCAAUGCUUCCAACAAUUAAGAAACUCAUCGAUGGGGGUCUUCGAGUAUGGGUCUUCAGUGGAGAUACCGAUGGAAGGUUACCGGUUACCUCAACAAGGUCUACAUUGAACAAACUUGGACUAAGCAUUAAAGAAGAUUGGACUCCAUGGUACAACAACAGAGAGGUUGGAGGUUGGACAAUAACCUACGAAGGCUUAACGUUUUUAACGGUGAGAGGAGCAGGUCACCAAGUUCCUACAUUUGCUCCAAAGCAAUCUCUCCAAAUCAUUGAGCACUUCCUCGCCAAUACAAAGCUGCCAUCUGUCCCAUUUUGA